UGUUAGUUUAACAUAUCGGGUUACUGUCUGGCACGAGACAACAGAAAAGUACCUUUGUAGACUUCAUAAAAUUGGUUUUUACAUACAAUUGUGUGCGCAAAAGGGUAAAGACUUAAAGUAUAAUGGAUGUCACAUGGUAUAGCUACUUAAUUCCAUUUUUGACUCUUUAUUUUACAUCGAAUGGUCAAACAAGUGCCGAGAAAUUGUCAAAAUCACGAGAUGGCCAAUCUGCUAAACAGCCUAAACCGAAGCUACUAUUGAUUUCGUUGGCGGGGUUUCGAGGGGAUUAUAUCACAAGAAUAAAUUGUUCAAACUUACAACAGUUCGUAGCGGACGGUACCUCGGCUAGCUAUGUACAAAACUCAAUAAAUGUCGCCAGUAUUGCUAACCAUUAUACCAUAGCUACAGGGUUGUAUUCUGAAAGUCAUGGUAUUAUAGCGAAUACUAUGUUUGACCCGAAGUUAAACCGUGUUUUUAAUAGCAAAACACGUGCAGACCCUGAGUGGUGGACCAAUGUGCAUCCGAUCUGGCAAGAAAUUGGAAAACAAGGGCAGGGGCUAAGUGCUUUGUGUCACUGGCCUGGCGUGUACGGACCAAUGGUUUCUAGAUUACAAUGUGGGCGAAGAAAAUCCUCCAAAUCUGACAUCGAUCAAGCGCUGCAGUGGCUUAAGAAUGGUGUUAAAUUAGUAUUACUCUACUCAGAUGGCAUUAAAAAGGCUGCCUUGAAGUGGGGACCGUAUUCGCUACAAGCAAUCAAUGAAGUUAAAAAAUUUGAUUCGAUCUUGAAAUAUCUGAUGGAAAAAACACGCGAGCUGAAUGUAAAUAUCGUGCUGACGUCAGAUGGCGGGGUCACUGAUCUCAAGUGGGAUCAUGUGAUAGACCUAGACCGAUGUAUUGUCCCUUCGUCGUACGUCUUGAUUCAAGCCCAGGCCACACUCCUUCUCUACCCUAAACAAGGGUAUACUGCAGUGGAAAUUCAUAAAAACCUCACGAAAUGUACUCAUAUCAAAACCUAUUUGAAGGAAAAUUUGCCUUCACAUUUUCAUUUUACUCACAAUCUGAGAAUUCCGCCCGUGAUCGCCUUCGUUCCGCUGGGCUCCGUCGUACGCUCGGGUAAGUCCGUGCAUCGGAAUAUUAACGAGAUUCUUAAUGGAUCAUUAGGGUUUCAAAAGGAUAUGGGUGGUAGUGGGUUCCAUCCGGGCUACGAAGUUAUGAGAGGAGUGUUUUAUGCAGAUGGUCCGUCUUUUCGAUCUGGUCUUAAAUAUGGUGCGAUUAAUAACACAGAUAUAUACGGACUAAUGUGUACUAUUCUAAAUAUAACACCCCGUCCUAGUAAUGCAUCGUUUGCUGUUGUUAAAUCCAUGCUAAAGAGUACUAACUUUGGAGUUAAUCCAAACACGUCUCCCACAAGAAAAAACCGGCCCAUUGCCACAUUCCCACCUACGAAACGGAUAAAAGGGUACUCCCGAAAUCAUGGCCUUUUAGGGGAUUUAGAAUUACGCGGUUUUCUCAUAUUUGUGGCGUGUUGUGUAGGAUUAAUGAUCUUGCUUUGUUGUAUCGGUUGUCUCUACUCAAUGACAAAAAACAUGCAAGGAGAGUUCAAGGGGAAAGCCUCAGUUUAUCCGCCAUUGUUAAGCACAGAUUUGACAUCGUCUGACGAAGAUUAUUAAGUCAUUAGGAUGCGCUAAUGAGUUCAUUAGGAUACGCUAAUUGGUCGAUUAGCAAGCGCUAAUUGGUUUAAUAAAAUAGUAGGUAUGCAGUAGAUUUAAAACACGAUAUUCUAUUGAUCACAGCACUAUGACGUAUUGUCUAAUAAAUUAUAGCACGAAUGAGCCUUUGGAUAACGCUUAGAAUGGUCUCACAACUCGGUGGUUCCAUUGUCUUUUCAUUGUUUUGAAAAUCGUACUGUUCUUCAUCUCACCCAGUUAUGAUCCAGUGAUCAGAAUGUUCCAUGGUCUUUUCAUUGAUAUUGUUCCAUUCUGACAUUGUAUUAAAAGUUACCACUGUCCAUAUUCAAUCACUCUAUUCUGUGCUAUCACUGACUAUUAUUUCGACAUAUUUGUGAAACGUUUUGGAUUGGACUUCAUUCCGAUUUAGAGCUACAUGCGCUUACUGCAAGUAAAUAGAACCCAUACUGUCCUUUCUUUCGUUCUCGUUAAAAUAGCAUCUCCAACAGAGGGUUUUUUUAAAAAGUCAAUCCGCCAUAGCACAAAUUUGUCUUGAUGAUUUAUCACAUGAAGAGUAAGUCAUAUAAAAAGACGUAAAUACACCUUAAAUUAGUCUCUAUUAAGUAUGGUUAGUUACACAGUAUGUAGAAACUUUAUUACUGUAAUGUGUCAAACUUGUAAUAACUGAAAUCACUUUCAAAUACUGUCUUUAAAGUUAACGGGCAACGAUGUUAUAUCAUGACUAUAAAUACAAGCACAUGUUCUUGUUUUAAAAAUAAUUCCAUAAGUCAUUCUUAAUGCAGCAGACGGUGGCCAACCGCCACUUCAGCAAAAUGAGAAAAUAAUUUCAAUUCCUUUCAUUGUAUUCAGAGAUAAAUAAAAUAAAGAAGUUGAAGUUACUAUUUUGUCUCUUUUCUGUCACUGUCAUUGUUAACAUCAGGGUGUUAGCCAGAAAAAAAGUUUUGUCCGUUAAACGUAAACUGGGAAAGUUUUUUUGACCGAUCAAAGUCCUUGUGUAGGAAUAAAUAGUGUUUUUUUCCAACGUGUUUCUCCUUAGAUGCAAACAACGGUAGCUUGGUUUUGUACAUUUCGUUUCCGGUGAAUGAACACUGAAAAAUACGGAUGCACACCGAUUACACUUUGUUUUGUACAUUUCAUUUCAGUGAACACACACCCAAUAUAAAUGAAACGCGAUACAUUUUGAGAAAAUAGUUAAUGGGAAAAAGUAAAUAAAACGUUCUUUGAUAAAAUAAUAUAAAAUCAAACGCAAUGCACUUUCUCAUCAGAAAAAAUUAAAAUCUUUCAGUAGACCCAGUUGGGAAAGCCCCUUAGCCACUACAAUGGACCUUUCACCUUUUGACUAAAAUUUAGAUCUCAACAAGUCUAGACAAAAAUUUUAUCACAGCUUGAAAGAGCAUCACAAAAUUAGUAAUAUUCCAAAGUUUCGUUUCGAAAUGUUGUAAAAUGCGGAAAAUAUAGCCUUGCGAAGUUUGCCGUUUUUCAGUCAUUUUAGAUUACAAACGGGAAAUACAUACUCAGGAGUAUGUAUUUCCAGUUUGUAAUACAAAAUGACUGAAAAUUGCAAACUUCGCAAAGCUAUAUUUUCCGCAUUUUGCAACGAAACUUUGGAAUAUUACUAAUUUUGUGAUGCUCUUUCAAGCUAUGAUAAAAUUUUGUCUAGACUUGUUGAGAUCUAAAUUUUGGUCAAAAGGUGAAAGGUCCAUUGGGCAUCAUCUGCUGCAUGGUAACGGCCCUGUCAAACGAGGAUCAGAGUUGCAACUCGGUCGCGUUUGAUCAUGGUCCAUCAAGACAUGAUGGUCUGGAAACCCGGCAAACUUCAAAGCUACAAAAUAGAAGGCGUUUGUUUUAUGUUGAACUGUACCUCAUGCAGUACGUACGCGUGCACAAAUCCUUUGUCUCAACUUCAUUAAAUAAUAUCCAUCGUGGUUGUACGUUUCAUCUCAGCUAUCUCUCUUGGACGAUUACUUCAUUAUAAGAAAAUGCAAUGAGCUUAUCACUGACCGUGCACAAAUUAACAAACUCAGACAAAAACGUAAUACAGUGACUUCUGUUUCCAGACCAUCAUAUCUCUUGAUCAUAGAUAUCUUAUAUACACUAGAUAGUGCAUCUAAUUAUUCUGCAAUUCAAAAAUUGAAGCCGUGAUUGCAGUCUCAGGUCGUUCCCAUGAAAUGAGAAGAUUCGUAUGUUUUCUAUUUCUUAAACAGGGAACUUAAACAUUAAGUUAAUCCUAUUGCAAAUACGUUUUUAAACUAUUCAAAUGAUGAAAGUUAUUAUUGUUUUUAAGCGUUUAUUAGCAAGUGGAAACGACCAACAUGGCCGCCAUCUAUUCAAAUGGGGGUAACCGCUGGAUUGUUUUUGGCUUUAAUUUUACUAAAAGAGAUGCGCUAUCUAGUGUAUAUAAAAUAUCUAUGCUCUUGAUAUACUAUGGUUUGGCCGCCAACUCAUCUACUCUCAUAUCAUGCACUCUCAUCAACUUUGGGCUGGUUCGAAUUUUGAUGAGAGUUGAUGGGCGUUUCCGUUACGCGAGAGAUAAUAUCCACUGCAACUCUUAUGCAACUCUUGUUCUUGUGUGACUGGGACAUGAGAGUUGAGAAAACUCUCAUGCAAACCGUCUCAUCAACUCUCAUUCUUGUUUGAUCAUUGCUUUACUGAGGGCCUUAUCAUACGAGUCCGGCUAGCUAGACGGGCUACUGGCCAAGGUAAAACAAUUAUUUCUGCGCUCACAUGAUCUUUCUCGUUGUGGUAACAUGUGGUAUUAGGGGUGGACCAUUAGAUACCCAGGGAGGAGAUAUUUUCUUUGCAAACUAAUUUUUUAUAGGUUUGGAGCUUUGUCGAACCUUUUUACGAAGUAGAAGCUGUGCUUGAAUUUUUCCUAUAUAUUUCUGUAUAAUUUAUGUAGUUCUCCUUUCCCUGAAUACUUGCAUAAUAUUUUUUUUUUCAAAUUCCAUUUUUUAUUGGGAUCUCCCCUCACAACUGAAAUAGUAUUUGCAUGUCUAAGUUAAUUUAUCUAUCUAUCUAACACAAAUACAGGUACGUGCAAAUCAGCGAAAAAUCAUUUUAUCGAGGUUCAUAUAGAAAAUCUUAUCCCAUGCACUUGGGUGAGAUCACCUACACACACGUAAGAACGCACAACUUGUAACAAACUUGCAGCAGUCUUGUACUAAUGCUAUUUCAACAACUUGUUAUCAGGAUGUGUUCGCACUGCAAUAAGUUCCGACAGCUUGUUGAAGUUGUUAGCCAUUUGUUGACAACUUGCUACAAGGAUUUUCCCAGCCAAUGAAUGUAUAAGCAUGAUGGCAAAGUAAAUAAAUAGGUUGAUACUGCAUGACUCGACAGACGUGUUACAAGUUGUCCGUACAACUUCUAUCAGUAGAGAGUUUGAGCAAGACAACGAAGUCGGACGUCGACGACGACGUGGUUGACAAUUUUUGCCUGUCUUGCACAUUACCUUGCGCAUUCUGAGUUUAGGGUCAGGAGUGAAGACAGAUUGGAGAUUCAUGUCUAGCUGUUUGUGAAUGCUGACCCAAAUCCUUACCCUGAUCAGGAUAAAACAGCGAGACAUGAAUCCAUAUCCUGUCUUCGUCUUCUGCCUUCGUUCACAACGAAUAUUUUGGCAAAAUUAGUUGUGAACUUCGUUCUGCACGAAGGCAGAAGGACAAAGACGGGAUAUAGUUUCAUGUCUCGCUGUUUUUUUCUGGAUCAGGGCAAGAAUUAUGGUCAGUAUUCAUAAACAGCGACACAUGGGAAGACACGUUGUGCAACCACCAGUGACGUCCAACUCAGUAUGCGCAAGAUAAUGUACAGACGGCAAAAAUUGUCAAGUAUGCCUUCGUCUUCGUACUUCUUUGUCUUGCUCAAACUCUCUAGUGCUGGAAAAUGUCCGACAGCACCAGCAGCACCAGAAACUUUUUAACAAAAUCUCUUCGCAGGAAAUUUCGUACCUCGUGCAGGAAAUUUUUGUCAGCUUAAAGGAGAUUGGCAACAAAAAUUGCUUCAUCUAUCUUAUUGCUUCAUCUGAAAGAGCAUGAAAAAAUAAGCCGAUUGGCCGUUUAAUGCUCUAUUCUAUCUCAUCUAGUUCCGAAGUUAUACGCAAAAAUGUAAAAAUAUAAAUUGCUGAUUCAGCACAACGUGUGACGUCAUUAGCUGGGUAAGUAUGUUUAUUGAAUACUACACUGAAGCAUAGCUCAGUUAUUAUGAGCCCAAAUCAAAUGAAAUUUUGCAUACUGAUUGUACAUGAUGAGACGCAUGGAAAAACACUUCUAAUUUUGUUGCCAAGGUAACAAUGUCGUUUCCAGGCCCCUUGCGCCAAUUUUAUGAAACAGCUUUAUUCAAGGUACUGAUAAGAAUAAAAUAAUAUCAGAAGUAUGUGUAUGAUACCUAUGCAUGCCAAAAGUUUACUUGCAUGAUAAUAAUUCGAAAAUGACAUACACAUAGAUAAAUGCAACUAG